AUGCGUCGUGGACGGCGACGUCGGCGGUGCACAUCGAGAAGCUGGGCACCUGCUUCGAGCAUGCGCCCCAGACGCAUGGUAAGGCAGCAGGCUUUAUGGCGAUUUUGGCCUCCACAGCCAGUCUCUUGCGGAAAUGCGUUGCGGUUCACAUCCAUGUUGUAUUGGAUAGUUGUUGCCACACUGGCUAUCGUGAAUGGUUGCUUCGCUUGGUACUGGACCCGAGCUGCAGAUGGGUACACGAAAUCAUCGACACUGCAGACACCGUCGACGCUGCGCCUUGUUCGCCAGCACUGGCGGAGCCAGCCAGCGCCAUCGAACGCCUUGAGUUCUUUAUGGCAUGAGUAUGGUGCCCUGCUCUCCGCCAGGUGUUGCUGUGCUUUCUGGACGUAUAUUCCGGACGCCGAGACGUAUCUUCGUGCUGCACUCGGUCUGCUGGGAUCGUUGCUGCGCCAUCGACAAGGCGUACCUGUUGUGGUACUCGUGGGCUUUAAUCGCUCAGAUCAGGCGUUCACGCGAAUCGCAUGGGACUGGAACCCUGACCACCACACGCCCGAACGUGGCGUUUAUUUGAAGCUGAUUUCACGUGCUGCAGCGCCAGCGGAACAGGAGCUUGUGGUGCGCAAGCUUUUGCACACCCCGAAAUGUGCAGGUAUACCACGGCGUCUGCUGCGGCUCGAUGCACGCGCAAUGCUGCUCGAGCCGAUAACGGAGGUCUUUCUGCGUCCAGACUGGUUGCAGGUUCUCUCCUGGGAGCAGCGCUUAAACUGUACACACCAGAGCGUGCAAGCACCUUUGCGGUAUCGGGUGCGGCUCGCUGAACAGCGGCUGGCCCGACGAGCCGCACUGGAUCAGAGCCAACUUCUCAGCUGGUACCGAGCGGAUUGGCGCAUGGUCCACUUCGAACCCGGCCUGGAACCGGGAAACCUUUGGCGGGCACUCUUGAACCCGCAGGUCGAAACCGGUACCGGUGUUCUCUAUCCACCAGCCUCAGCGGAUGUACAGCUGUUGGAGGACUUUGAUCUCCCUCUGGUAUAUGAUUGGUUGCGAAACGCAGAACGAUGGAUGCGUCGGGUCCACAAGCGACCGCUCUGGUCUCCUUCACCAGAGAUGCAUUUUCGGAAUCGCUUCUGUCACCACGCUCUGGGUCAUUAUCGUCAACGGAACCGUGAUGCGCGAUCCAGAACGAUUGAGACUUUUACCGUGCUGGUGAAUGCAUUCUCUCGACAACGAAUCCAGGCUGGCCUCCUGGAAGCGAUUCUCGAACGGUAUUGCAGGAUUUCCUCGGUGGCGAGCAUCGUCGUCCUCGUGUACGAGCUGGAUACCCUGCAAAUCGCUGAGGAUCUGGGCAAGCGCCUCGGCGGAUGCGUACCCAUUCGGGUGCUCCGGCUCGACGGCCCCGGAGCGGACUCGCUGAACCACCGUUUCUUACCGUUACCAUCCUGGAUCGAAACUGCGGCUGUGCUGCACACCGAUGAUGACAUGCUGCCGGUUCAUGAUGCGCUCAUCGAGUUCGGUUUCCGACAGUGGCGAAAGCGACACGCGCAGCAGCGCGGGCAACCUAACCUCGUCGGGUUCGUUCCGCGUUAUGCUGAUCCACAAGCUCACCUGUAUGCGCUACGGAAGCCGCCCGUGUCGCGCUCGAAAGCGCAGCAUAUCUGGGAUCGUCGCGAUGCUGUGCAAUCGUAUAACAUUGUUCUCACCAAGCUUGCUUUUGUUCCGCACAUCUAUCAUUUCCUCUAUACCUGCAUUCUACCGUACAUACCUUUAGUGGAGCCCGAUGCCAUGGACCUACUCAACAUGGUCGAUCGCGUGCGCAACUGCGAAGAUAUCGUGAUGCAGGGUCUUGCAAGCGUGGUUGCUGGAAAGCAGUCGCCGCUGGUCGUUCGUGGACUGAGCUCCGCCGACCUCGCCGAUUACGGAAGCACUGACGAUCAACAUGCUAUCUCGAUGGGUGAACAUGCCUCCCUGUGGGUCACCUCGGCAGGCAAUCCAAUGACCAUGACCCGGCUGAGCGGUUUCGAUGCGCACCUCUGGCAACGCGGUCAAUGCGUUGUUGCGGUCCAGCAGACACUUGGUCGUGGAGAGUACGCAUCAUCGAUUUUCUCGGAGCAGACAUCUGUAGCUGCGCCUUUCGAAGCUGCACCAGUACCUGUUCAGCGGGAUCGAAUGCCGGUCUGCAGUGUGGUUAACACGAUGAAUGCCGUAUGGGUAAUUUGA